AUGUUGGGGAUCAAUCUGCGAUCGCCGCCGUCCCGGCCGCCUCCUCCUUACGAUCCCCUCGUCGAAGCAUGGCUAGAUUCCCUGCCACUGCCGGCAGCAAGACCCUCUCUGAAGGAGCUACGGCAGUGGAGACUGACCAACUAUCACGGCCUCGGCAGGAGUGUUUUUGUCACUUGCCUCAUCCUCAGAGGUAUUUCCUUGGCGGUCGCGCUCUCGGUCACGGCCAUCAUCGCGGGCGUCGCCGCCGGGCGACCAGGUCCAUUGUACGCCCGCGACCGGCUUGUGCCUGUCCUUGUGGUGUGUCCCGUAAUCACGCUCUGGACCUCGGCCGAGCUCGUUGCCGCGUGGCUCCUCCGAGAUGGCGGAAUCCCAACUAACAUCCACCUGCUCGUUGACGGCGUGAUCUUCCUUGGGGUGGCCACCGCGACGGGCAUGCUACUGGUGGAUCUCAUCUGCGGCCUGGUCGACUAUCCCUCGACCUUCGGCUCGGCAUCUGACGAGAUAGCCAGUGUAUGCCUCAUGGUAGUCCUAAUGGUCAUCCAGUCAUUUCUUCUGUUCUUCUUCAUUUGCAACUACGUGGACGGCGCACGGAAGAGAUCAAGAGCGGUGGCAGGUGGCUUGAGGACUCCACCAUACGCGAACAUUACCGCUCCACGGCCCGACAUCAGGGAAUCAGCAGCCGCGGCAGGACCGCCAUUAGCAUUCCCCGAGCGCUUAAAGCUUGGAAAAAUCACCACGACCAUAACAUUAGAAGAGUUUGAUCCGGAACCGUCCCAGAGGAGGCCCGCUUCUGGGUCUUCAUUGCAUCACAAGUCGCCGGCCGCUGCCUUGGAGUGCUCGACGCUGGCGUUGGCCAUGUCCGGGUUGUGGGAUGAGCGGCCAUUUCAUCAAGCAAGUCCCCUACAAAGACACGGCGAAGCCGACAGCGCGAAAGCAGAUCAAAUCCCGCAGUCGGGACACCUAUUGGGGGCGAGCGGCAUGGAUCAAGGAUGGACGCCUCAGCGGCAUUACAGGACAGCUACGGGGAGGACUAGGGUCGGAGACGAGGAAGCCAGGCAAGCGGGCGAUGUCGAUGGCACCUCAGGGCCGCAGCGACCCCUCUCCAACACACAGCUGGAUGGGUUGCGUUACUUAGGGGGUGAAGGCUCACGGCGUUUUCGAUAG